CGGAAAUGGAAGAAAUUGAACAGCCGCCCGUCGAGAAGGCGCCACAAGGUCGCACCUCCCAGGCAUGCCAGCGUUGCCGAAACCUCAAGACGAGGUGCUAUCCAAGCGAGCGAGCGGGCACAUGCCAACGAUGUCUCUCUUCUACACGCGAAUGCGUAUGGCCAGAGACACCACGCCGUGCGAAGCGAUUACGUGGUCCUUCACGAAUAUCACAGGUUGAGCAAAAAAUUGAUGGUCUAUUCGCUAGUCUUGUACAAACCGAACCCCCGAGACGAGCACCAGCGAAUGCAGAACCAUCAUCAGAAUAUAAGCCGUGCGAAGGACAGCUACGCGAGAGACCCCUUGCACCAGGAAGUUGGCUUCCAUUUCCCUCAUCAUUUACUGAGACCCAGAGAAAUGAUCACGAUACUGAAACCCAGAGAAAUGAUCACGAUACUGAAACCCAGAUGAUCGAUCGUGAUGCUGAAGGAUCUCAGGAAUUUCUUGAGAAACUCCGAAAGAUCCACAAUUUCGUUGACCACCACGAACCACGCCCCCCGCCUGGCACUCUUUUCCAAGCCAGCACCCCCCUUGACCCGGUAGUCGAGCAUAAAUUGGUUAGGGAUUUGCUCUCCAGUGGAGAGGCUGAUGUUCUUCUGAACGAGUACCGCUCCAUGUUACAUUCAUUCCCUUUUGUUCCCAUUCCUCCAACCAUAUCUGCCCAGGAGCUUAGUUCUAGAAAUCCCAUGUUGUUCCUAGCAAUUCUGACGGCAACAUCUUCGAAAGACCAUCAACGCCAACUAGCUCUCGAUGAGCAAUUUCGGAUCGAGCUUGCGAAUCGCACAAUUAUUCGACCACAUAGGACACUGUCACUCGUGCAAAGCAUCAUCGUCUACCUUUCCUGGUACCAUUUUGUGUUUAGCCACAAAACCCACCAAAUAUUUUCGUUAAUUCAGCUCGCUAUUGGUGUUGCCCUUGACAUCGGGCUACAUCAAAAACAAGGCCUGUCGUUCUUCGAGAUGCCAGGGCGACCAAAGCCCCCUUCGCCAUCUCCUAGCGAAGCUCGUGAGCGUCAGAGAGCAUUUCUUGGCUGUUACUACUUAUCAUCAGCUAUCGCUGGAGGACUCCAUAAACCCAAUCUUCUUAAAUACACUGACUACAUGGCCGAAGCCUGUAGGUGCUUAAGAAAUGAUGCUGAAUAUUCGAUAGAUGAAAUCAUAGGACAGCUGAUUUCUCUGCGCAGGAUUGACGAUCAAAUACACGACACAUUUUUUACCGAAGAGGCUGCGCAACUUCCUAUCACGGAUUCACGAGUAUUGAUGAAUCUCCGGUUCGUGGAGACACAAAUUGAAGAAUGGAGGCGGGAAACGCAACGUGAAGAGCACCCGCGAGUGCUGGAUCUCUCCUGCUCCUACACCAUGAUGCAACUUCAUAGCAUCGGUCUCCGCAGUUCUCAAGUAUCUUCUGAACACCCGUUUGCGAGCCCUACUCAAUUAAACGCCCUUUCGUCUACUCUGGAAGCUGGAAAAUCGUUCUUAGAUGCGCUUAUCGCUAUCCCCGCCUCCGAGUAUCAUCUCAUAACAUUCCCCGAAUGGAUGCGACUCCCGUUUGUUGUGAUGACGAUUACAAGACUUUGUAUCCCCAGUGAAGCGCACACGGCCACCCGGUGGGAUGUAAAAGCAGCGCAAGACCGUGUAAGGCUAGAUCUCUGCCUUGAAUCCCUCUGCUAUCGUAUGCAAAGCCUCUCAACCUUUGAGAAACGUAAACAACCGCAUCCAGAUUUUUGGUGGGCCAUGAGAAUGAUUAUGGAGUUGAUAAAAGGCUGGUACUGCCGCAAGAUUCGGGUUAGAAUGAUGACUUCAGCGCAGCUUACUCCAAAUGAGCUUCCGACACCUGACACUAUACCCAAUUUUCAAGGCAGCUUGGAAUCCUCUAGGACAUGUCAAACCCCAUUGACCGUUCACGAUGGCGUUCAUAGAUUUCCACAGAUGGCAUUGAACCACGUUGAUUUGGGCACUGGAAAUCUAGAUGUUGGAAACGAAUACCUUGAUCCGUUUGCGUUCAUGAUGGAUAAAGAUUUCGACAUGGACAAGUUCUUCGAUAUGGGCAUAUGGGGUACUGGCACAUACGAGGAAAUGGGGUUUGGGGGCGGAAACAUGAGAGAUUGAUCGGAACCGCUUGAAUCGGUUUCAGAUGGAAGGAAUGAAAGCGGUUGAUCCAAGAUAGAAAUCAGCGCCCUUUUAGUCUUGCAGCGAAUGGAGAAAAC